AUGGCCAGCCCUGUUGAUAGUGAGUUUCAUUGGAUAGAGAGAGUAAAAUCAGAGGGAGCUGUUCCCUUGCUUGAUCCAGAUAAUUGCUCGAAUGGCUGGUGGUCUCCACCUGGGGAUUGUUUCAUGGUAAGAGGUCCAGAUUAUUUGACAACUAAGGUUAAAAUCCCUGGUGGUGAAUAUCUUUUAAAGCCUCUUGGAUUUGACUGGAUUAAGGGUUCCACAAAGAUCGCAGAAGUUUUAAAGAAUCGCAAAAGCCGUGUGAGGAAGGUUAUUGAUGAGGAGUUUCCUGAUGGUGAUAAUCCUUUUGUUUGGGCAUUUAAUCUACAACUCCCAUCUAAGGACAACUAUAGCGCUGUGGCCUAUUUCGUAGCCACAGAACCAAUUCCUGAGGGAUCCUUAAUGGACCAGUACUUGAAAGGUGAUGACGGAGAACUUUUUGAAGUGGAUGUGGAUAUUGGAUCUUCAAUGGUUGCAAGUGCAAUAGUUCAUUUGGCAUUUGGUUACAUCUCAAUGUUGACUGUUGACCUAGCUUUCGUCAUUGAGGGUCAAAAUGAGUCAGAGCUUCCAGAACAGAUCUUAGGUGCCUUAAGAUUUUCUGAAUUAAAUCCUGCUUCUGCUUCCUUAUACGAACCACCGCCAUAUGGAAGUAGUGAUAACUUGCAGUCUUCAUUGCCAACACGCUUGUGGAAGUCAAUCGGACAGGGGUUUUCUCAACUCCUCCAUCCCAUGCCAGGUGCUCAAGAAAAUGGUUCUACUUCUGGCGUAACCCAUGUUAAUGGAACUUCUGAGCUCAAAGAGGGCAGUGAAGACCCAAAGAAAUGGUAA